AGGAUUUUUUUCCACUUUUCUACUAGUCUGAAGCGAAAUUGAGGAACCCUAUCGAUCUCAGGGGAAAAGAGGAUCCGGAGAAUCCAUGGCGAGAACCUCGAAGCGCGAAUCUUCUUCCGACGACGACUCCUCGUCCGAGGAGGAGCAGGUUAACGAUCAGGUCAACGAAGAGGAAGAUGAGGAAGAGCUCGAGGCCGUCGCUCGCUCCGCCGGUUCCGACGAAGAGGCCGCCACCGCCGAUGAUUCACCUGUGUCUGACGAUGAGGCGGGCGCCUCUGCCGAUAAUGAUGCCGAGGAGGAUGAUGAAGAUGGAGAGACAGCUGAAAUCAGCAAGCGUGAAAAGUCCAGACUUAAAGACAUGCAGAAAAUGAAGAAGGAGAAGAUUCAGAAAAUAUUGGACGCUCAAAAUGCUGCUAUAGAUGCUGAUAUGAACAACAGCGGGAAAGGGAGAUUGAAGUAUCUUCUGCAGCAAACGGAGUUAUUUGCGCACUUUGCUAAAGGUGAUCAAUCCUCAUCUCAGAAGAAGACAAAAGGAAGGGGUCGUCAUGCUUCGAAAUUAACUGAAGAGGAAGAAGAUGAAGAGUGUCUAAAGGAAGAAGAGGACGGUUUAUCUGGAGCAGGAAACACACGGUUGGUCACACAGCCAUCAUGUAUCCAGGGAAAGAUGAGAGAUUACCAACUAGCUGGUUUAAACUGGCUCAUUCGGCUGUACGAGAAUGGCAUAAAUGGAAUUCUUGCUGAUGAAAUGGGUCUGGGGAAGACACUACAAACAAUUUCUUUGUUGGGUUACUUGCAUGAGUACAGAGGAAUUACUGGUCCUCACAUGGUAGUUGCCCCAAAAUCGACUCUUGGUAAUUGGAUGAAUGAAAUACGCCGUUUUUGUCCUGUCCUGCGCGCUGUGAAGUUCCUUGGCAAUCCUGAGGAAAGGAGGUAUAUUCGCGAAGAGCUGUUAGUUGCUGGGAAGUUUGAUGUCUGUGUCACAAGCUUUGAGAUGGCUAUUAAAGAGAAGUCAGCCUUGCGUCGUUUUAGCUGGCGUUAUAUCAUCAUUGAUGAAGCACAUCGUAUCAAGAAUGAAAAUUCACUUCUCUCAAAAACCAUGAGAUUGUAUAACACCAAUUAUCGGCUUCUUAUAACUGGGACCCCCCUUCAGAAUAAUCUUCAUGAACUUUGGGCUCUUCUCAAUUUUCUUCUGCCUGAGAUUUUUAGUUCAGCUGAGACUUUUGAUGAAUGGUUUCAAAUUUCUGGUGACAGUGACCAGCAGGAAGUUGUUCAGCAGCUUCAUAAGGUUCUUCGGCCGUUUCUUCUUCGGAGAUUGAAAUCAGAUGUUGAGAAAGGUUUGCCUCCAAAAAAGGAGACAAUUCUCAAAGUUGGCAUGUCUCAGAUGCAAAAACAAUAUUACAAGGCAUUGUUGCAGAAGGAUCUUGAAGUAAUCAAUGCUGGUGGAGAACGCAAACGUCUGUUGAACAUAGCAAUGCAAUUGCGUAAAUGCUGUAACCAUCCUUAUCUCUUCCAGGGUGCAGAACCUGGUCCCCCUUAUACCACAGGAGAUCAUCUUAUAACAAAUGCAGGUAAGAUGGUUCUUUUGGAUAAGUUGCUUCCGAAGUUGAAGGAACGUGAUUCAAGGGUCCUAAUAUUUUCUCAGAUGACUAGGCUUUUGGAUAUCCUUGAAGAUUAUUUGAUGUAUCGAGGUUAUCAGUACUGUCGUAUUGAUGGAAAUACUGGUGGUGAAGAACGAGAUGCUUCCAUAGAAGCCUUCAACAAGCCAGGAAGUGAGAAAUUUGUUUUCUUGUUAUCUACUCGAGCUGGAGGGCUUGGUAUCAAUCUUGCUACUGCAGAUGUUGUGAUCCUUUAUGAUAGUGAUUGGAACCCCCAAGUCGAUCUGCAAGCACAGGACCGUGCCCAUAGGAUUGGUCAAAAGAAAGAAGUUCAAGUGUUUCGGUUCUGCACAGAGUAUGCUAUUGAAGAGAAAGUAAUCGAAAGAGCUUAUAAGAAGUUGGCACUUGAUGCUCUAGUGAUUCAACAAGGGCGUUUGGCAGAACAGAAAACUGUUAAUAAAGAUGAGUUGCUUCAAAUGGUGAGGUUUGGUGCUGAAAUGGUGUUCAGUUCUAAAGACAGCACAAUUACAGAUGAGGAUAUAGACAGAAUCAUUGCUAAAGGAGAAGAAGCAACGGCUGAACUUGAUGCCAAGAUGAAGAAGUUCACUGAAGAUGCAAUACAGUUUAAAAUGGAUGACAGUGCUGAUUUUUAUGAUUUCGAUGAUGACAAUAAGGAUGAGAACAAGUUUGAUUUCAAAAAGAUUGUGACCGAAAAUUGGAAUGAUCCGCCUAAGAGAGAGAGAAAGCGCAAUUAUUCUGAGUCGGAAUACUUCAAGCAAACAUUGCGGCAAGGGGCUCCAGCCAAACCCAAGGAACCUAGAAUUCCACGCAUGCCCCAAUUGCAUGAUUUCCAGUUCUUUAACAUUCAGAGACUGACUGAGUUGUACGAAAAGGAAGUGCGUCACCUCAUGCAAGCUCAUCAGAAAAAUCAGGUGAAAGAGACAAUCGAUGUUGAUGAACCAGAAGAAGGGGGAGACCCAUUAACUGCUGAAGAGGUGGAAGAAAAGGAAAGGUUAUUGGAAGAGGGUUUCUCGACUUGGAGUAGAAGAGACUUCAACACCUUCCUAAGGGCUUGUGAGAAGUAUGGCCGGAAUGACAUCAAAAGCAUUGCCACAGAGAUGGAAGGGAAAACAGAGGAAGAGGUUGAACGAUAUGCCAAAGCUUUUAAAGAACGAUACAAGGAGCUGAACGAUUAUGACAGAAUCAUCAAGAAUAUUGAAAGGGGAGAGGCAAGGAUUUCUAGGAAAGAUGAAAUCAUGAAAGCCAUCGGGAAGAAACUGGACCGUUACAAGAACCCGUGGCUCGAACUGAAGGUUCAGUAUGGUCAGAACAAAGGAAAGCUGUACAAUGAAGACUGCGAUCGAUUCAUGAUAUGCAUGGUUCACAAGCUCGGGUACGGGAACUGGGAUGAGCUGAAGGCGGCGUUCAGGACAUCGCCCUUGUUCAGGUUCGACUGGUUUGUGAAAUCACGAACGACCCAGGAACUCGCGAGGAGGUGCGACACUCUCAUCCGACUCAUCGAGAAAGAGAACCAAGAGUUUGACGAGAGAGAAAGGCAAGCCCGUAAAGAGAAGAAGCUUGCAAAGAGUGGGACGACGCCAUUGAAGAGAGGAGCUUCAGGAAGGCAAGCAAUGGAAGGGCCUUCGUCCUUGAAGAAACGAAAGCAGCUCUCCAUGGAUGACUUUGUGAGCUCUGCUAGGUGAGCGGCGGAAAUGACAUCAAUUGUCAUCGUAUUGACGACAUUACUUGGGAGGUCAUUCUUUCUGAAUCCAUGAUUGUUCACUUCAAUUUUAGAACCCUAAUUUGUAAGACGUUUUGUACAAAUUAUAUCAUUAGGAUUGACUUGAGCUCUGUAAGCCCUGCUUGUUACAUUUAUUAUUAUUAUUAUUAUUAUUAUUAUUAUGUGGCA